GAUGAAUUUACAACUGAUUUUCUGGAUUGGACUGAUAAGUUCAAUUUGCUAUGUGUUCGGCCAAACAGAUGAAAAUAGAUGUUUAAAAGCAAAUGCUAAAUCAUGCGGUGAAUGUAUACAAGCAGGACCAAAUUGUGGGUGGUGCACAAACUCAACAUUUUUGCAAGAAGGAAUGCCUACUUCUGCACGAUGUGAUGAUUUAGAAGCCUUAAAAAAGAAGGGUUGCCACUCAGAUGAUAUAGAAAAUCCCAGAGGCUCCAAAGAUAUAAAGAAAAAUAAAAAUGUAACCAACCGUAGCAAAGGAACAGCAGAGAAGCUCCAGCCAGAAGACAUUACCCAGAUCCAACCUCAGCAGUUGGUUUUGCAGUUGCGAUCAGGGGAACCACAGGCGUUUACAUUAAAAUUCAAGAGAGCUGAGGACUACCCCAUCGAUCUCUACUACCUUAUGGAUCUAUCCUACUCUAUGAAGGAUGACUUGGAGAAUGUGAAAAGUCUCGGAACAGAUCUGAUGAAUGAAAUGAGGAGGAUUACUUCAGACUUUAGAAUUGGAUUUGGCUCAUUUGUGGAAAAGACUGUGAUGCCCUAUAUUAGUACAACGCCAGCUAAGCUCAAGAACCCUUGCACAAGUGAACAGAACUGCACCAGCCCAUUUAGCUAUAAAAAUGUGCUCAGUCUUACUGAUAAAGGAGAAGUAUUUAACGAACUUGUUGGUAAACAACGCAUAUCUGGAAAUUUGGAUUCUCCAGAAGGUGGUUUUGAUGCAAUUAUGCAAGUUGCAGUUUGUGGAUCACUGAUUGGCUGGAGGAAUGUUACGCGGCUGCUGGUGUUUUCCACGGAUGCUGGGUUUCACUUUGCAGGAGAUGGGAAACUUGGGGGUAUUGUUUUACCAAAUGAUGGACAAUGUCACCUGGAAAAUGAUGUGUACACAAUGAGCCAUUAUUAUGAUUAUCCUUCUAUAGCUCACCUUGUCCAGAAACUCAGUGAAAAUAACAUCCAGACGAUUUUUGCAGUUACUGAAGAAUUUCAGCCCGUUUACAAGGAACUGAAGAAUUUGAUUCCCAAGUCAGCAGUAGGAACAUUAUCUGCAAAUUCUAGCAAUGUAAUUCAGUUGAUCAUUGACGCAUACAAUUCUCUUUCCUCAGAAGUCAUUUUGGAAAACAGCAAACUGCCAGAAGGAGUAACAAUAAAUUACAAAUCUUACUGCAAGAAUGGAGUGAAUGGAACGGGGGAAAACGGAAGAAAAUGUUCCAAUAUUUCCAUUGGCGAUGAGGUUCAAUUUGAAAUUAGCAUAACUGCAAAUAAAUGUCCAAAUAAGAAUUCUGAAACCAUUAAAAUUAAGCCUCUGGGUUUCACUGAAGAAGUGGAGAUUGUUCUUCAGUUCAUCUGUGAAUGUGAAUGCCAAAGCGAAGGCAUCCCUGAAAGUCCAAAGUGUCAUGAAGGAAAUGGGACGUUUGAGUGUGGAGCAUGCAGGUGCAACGAGGGACGUGUUGGUAGACAUUGUGAAUGUAGCACAGAUGAAGUUAACAGUGAAGAUAUGGACGCUUACUGCAGGAAAGAAAACAGCUCAGAAAUCUGUAGUAACAACGGAGAGUGCGUCUGUGGACAGUGUGUUUGUAGGAAGAGGGAUAAUACAAAUGAGAUUUAUUCUGGCAAAUUCUGCGAGUGUGACAAUUUCAACUGUGAUAGAUCUAAUGGCUUAAUAUGUGGAGGAAAUGGUGUUUGCAAGUGUCGUGUGUGUGAAUGCAACCCCAACUACACUGGCAGUGCUUGCGACUGUUCUUUGGAUACGACUUCUUGUGAGGCCACAAAUGGACAGAUCUGCAAUGGCCGGGGCAUCUGUGAGUGUGGCGUCUGUAAGUGCACGGAUCCAAAGUUUCAAGGGCAGACUUGUGAGAUGUGUCAGACCUGCCUUGGUGUCUGUGCUGAGCAUAAAGAAUGUGUUCAGUGCAGAGCCUUUAAUAAAGGAGAAAAGAAAGACACUUGUGCACAGGAAUGUUCAUAUUUCAACCUUACUAAGGUGGAAAAUCGGGACAAACUGCCCCAGCCAGGCCAAGUUGAUCCUCUGUCCCAUUGUAAGGAGAAGGAUGUUGAUGACUGCUGGUUCUAUUUCACCUAUUCUGUGAAUGGGAACAAUGAAGCCAUUGUUCAUGUGGUGGAGACGCCAGAAUGUCCCACUGGUCCAGACAUCAUUCCAAUUGUUGCUGGUGUGGUUGCUGGGAUUGUUCUUAUUGGCCUUGCAUUACUACUGAUAUGGAAGCUUCUGAUGAUAAUUCAUGACCGAAGGGAAUUUGCUAAAUUUGAAAAGGAGAAAAUGAAUGCCAAAUGGGACACGCAAGAAAAUCCGAUUUACAAGAGUCCUAUUAAUAAUUUCAAGAAUCCAAACUAUGGACGUAAAGCUGGUCUCUAAAUUGCCGGUGAAAAUCCUAUUUAUAAGAGUGCCGUGACAACUGUGGUCAAUCCGAAGUAUGAGGGAAAAUGAGUACUACCUGUGCAGAUUUCACAACACUGAAUGCAAAGUAGCAGUUUUCAUAGUCACAGUUAGGUAGCUUUAGGGCAAUAUUGCCAUGGUUUUACUCAUGGGCAAGUUUUAAAAUGUACAGUAUGUAUAAUUUUUAAAAUUUUUUAUUAUUUUGAAGAUAAUGUUAUAAUCCGUGCCAGGGACUGACAAAAGACUUGAGACAGGAUACUUAUCCUUGUCAGCUAAGGUCACAUUGUGCCUUUUUGACCUUUUCUUCCUGGACUAUUGAAAUCAUGCUCUUAUUGGGUCAAGUGAUAUUUCUACAGUGGUUGAAAGGGCAAUAGUAAUGCGCAUGAUGACAGUUUCUAUUAAUCAUAUAUCAAAACUGAUUUUUAGCUUUACAGAUACAUCAGUUUUCAGUUAUGCGGAAUCCAAAGUAAAAUGUCCUGCUAGCUAGUUGAAAAUUGUUUGAAAUCUAUUAUUUUGCUGUUCGCUUGUUAGACAUGACUGAUGACAUAUUGAAAGACAAACAUGUUGAGAGUUACUGGUGUAAAAUAGUUUUGAAAUACAUACAAAGAGUUGAUCUACAAAGGCCAUGGGAAAAAUUCAGAGUUAGGAAGAGAAACCAAAUAGCUUUAAAAACCUGUGUGCCAUUUUAAGAGUUACUUAAUCUUUGGUAACUUUUAUGCCUUCUCUUUAUAAAUUCAAGCCUUACAUAAAAGUACUGGGAAAUUUUCUGCUAAAAAGUCCUUGGUUUAGCACUAUUUACAUAAAGGCCAUAACUUACAAAGUAUUUGCUGAAUGGGGACCUGUUGAAUUGAACUUAUUUUUAUUGUAUUAUUUUUAUUUUGUUUAAUGCCUGGUGCUUUUUAUCACAUCUUCUAAUCUUUGUAUUUGUUUGCAAUUUUGGGGUAAGACUUUUUUAUCAGUACUUUUUCUUUGGAGUUUUGGUUGUAAAUUUGCCUUUUUAAUGAACAUGUGAAGUUGUACUGUGGCUUAUGUAACAGCUGUCCCUUACGCAAGUCUUACUUUCAUUUAGUGCCAUAACAGACCACUGUAUAUUGACUUCUUACUGUUUGAGUUGCCCGUCUUGUUUCAUACUAGUCACAUUCUUGUUUUAAGUGCCUUUUAAUUUUAACAGUUCACUUUUUACAAUGCUAUUUACUGAAGUUAUUUAUUAAAUAAAAAUGCCUGAAAUACUUAAGUUGGA